AUGAAACAAUUAUAUUGCACAGUGUUAUUUAUACUAUACGGAAUAAUCUUUUCUGUGAAAUCUACUAAUGUGACAAUACUUACACAACUUCAAUCAUUUUAUUAUCCAUCAAGAACCACAGUUUAUCAUAGAUGGUGCAAUGAACAAUAUCCAUAUGAUUACUGUUCACCUCUCUUUGUUAUUUGUUUAACAAAAAUAUCUUUGAGACGUUGUAUACAAAAGUAUGAAUUUGGUGGAUCAGGUACGGAAUAUGAACAUAAAAAGUUCAUCACAUUUCAUGAAAAACUGAAUGAAAAUAUAACUAAUCCACUUGUAUUCACCGUGUCAAAUUGGACUAAUGAUCUAAUGUUACAUGCAGCUGUAUUUAAUAAAGAACUUGCUGUUACUUCAUUAAUGGGUCGAUCCAGUAUUGUAAUUGAUUGGAUAAAAACACCAGGUACAAAUCAAACUGAAACAUGGAAACAAAUUACCUUUACAGCAUUUGACAGUUUAAUGGAACUAACUGCAUGGGUUAAAGUUUUUAGCUCAGAAUCUUGA